UUUAUCUCCUAUAUGUUCCUUGUUGGAUUUUUCUUACCUAUUUUAUUAAUUACUGUUUUUUAUGCUUUAAUGAUGAAAAGAUUAUUUAAAAGAUCUCGAUCACUUUCUAGUUCGAAGCUCCCAGUUAAUCGGAUUGCCGGGUAUACAAUAGCUAUUUCUGUAUUUUUUGUUUUAUGUUGGAGUCCAUAUUGGAUUAGUAUGCUUUAUUUUAAUUUUGUCCAUUGGGAAAGUGAAGAUAAUGAAAAACAAAGUGAAGAUAUUUUUAGUUCUGAUAAAUUUAUUUAUAUAAUGUAUGGUGUCCAUGCCCUCCCUUAUGUCAAUUCUGCCUCUAAUUGGCUUCUUUAUGGCCUUUUAAAUAGUCAAUUAAUGCGGCGUGCUAAAUAUACAAGUGAAACUUUUUACAAUAAUACAACUGGAAUGCCAGAAAAUGGUUUUGGAAGUAUUCACAGAAAUUUUAAUGGAAAUACAACAACACCCCCACCCCCUUCACAAAUAAGAAUUGAAUCUUCCAGAAAUUCUAGUUUAGCUGUUACAUCUAAAUUAAAUGGAAAUGGCAGAUGUAAUUCAACAUUAUCUACACCUUUAUUUGGUGGGGGUAAUAGGAAAGGAAGCAAACAAGGUAUAAAAUAAAGAGGAAUUAAAUAAAUAUUUUUUAAAUA